UGUUCACGCUCUGAAACCUUGUCUCAUGGGUUGAGGUUUGCAUGGAACAGGAAGCAUCUCUCUCAAGUAGUCAGAACAAUUCUGGGUACUUCGACAUACUCGCUUCAGUGUCGCUUACAAUGUGAGUCGACGAGACGGGGAAUUGGUUACUGUUGGGUUACAGUUAUAGUGGCUUAUGAAGUGUGUGUGUAACGAGAGCUGAGCAGAUUGAACGUGAUCAGAAGAGACAAUGUGCCUGUAAGCUGCGAAAUCCUUUCACGUAGUAAAGAUUGGUCCCCUGAGGUGCUGAUGUUAAAGAUCAAUGUCUGGAUACGGCCAGAAGAGACUAGUGAGACAUUGUGAACAUCAGAGAAUGGCCAAAGGUGACGAUUGCAUGUGGAGUUUCUUGAGGAUCCUUUGUGAGGCAGCUGCUCGUUAAAUCUUCCAAACCCCUUUUCCUAAAGCCAUGAAGACGAUCAACGAGAUCUGAGAAUGAAAAUCGGAUUGCUGAAGUCGCUUUUACGGCAGAUGAGCAGCAGAUUUGUUACUCCAUUGCUUCACUGAAAUCCUCAAACUCACUCUUCUGCAUUACACUCAAAGGUAGUCCCACUUACUACUCAGAAGGAAUCCUUUCUUACGGGUUCCAGCAGAAAGUUUUGACCUAUGGACAAAUCGGAAAACCUGAAGAAUGUGUCGGAACCGCAAGACCACAGUUCAGAGAAUGCAUUCGACGACGAUCAGCGCUGGGAGGGAGCCCCUAACGCUGCAGGAGAGACUUCCACUACAGCUGACUCAGGGAACGAAGGUGAUUUAAGCCUCAAAAAUGAUGCAGAGCCGCUCGGAAUUCUGUCAGAGAGCUUGUACAUCGAUGGAUUUAAGAGGAACUUGAAGAGGUGCGUGGAAAAGACCGCCGCCUUGCGCGCAUUGGCAGAGAUUGAGCCGAUCGUGACAAUGAUAACGCCGACGGAUAGACACCCCAACUCCAAGUGCUAUUGCUCAUCUCCUAAUCACCCUACACUUAGGGACGUGGGAAACCGAGAAUCAAACCACGAACCAUCCACGCCGUUGUCACUAGGCCAUGACGAAGACCAGACCUCGACAUGGGCGGCCACAAGCCUCCAAGAAGCACAAUCGGAGAAUACCCAAGUGGAUGCGGAGUUACAACCUGAGAAAUCCCUUGUAUUCGUCGUCCCGAAACUGACUCUGGAAAGGCAACCUUUGGUGGGCCUAACGCUUAAGAAAGUGUUGCCUAAGGUCAUGGUGGUCGUGGAGGAUCCUGUGAAGCCCCCGCCUGAAGCCGAAGUAUCAUAUCUGAAACUCUUCUCCUUCGCUGACACCGUGGACUAUUUUCUCAUGUUCCUCGGGUCCUUAGGCGCGUGUGCGCAUGGAGGAGCGGUACCGAUCUUCUUCGUCUUCUUUGGGAGGCUCAUCAAUGCCUUCGGAUUCAAUCAACACCACCCCAACAAACUUGGACAAGAAGUCGGCAAGGAAGCACUGAGCAUGUUCUAUCUAGGAUUGGUGGUCAUGUUCGCAUCAUGGCUAGAGGUGGCCUGUUGGAUUCAAACUGGAGAGCGUCAGUCAGCACGAAUCCGCGUACGUUACUUGCAAUCUAUUCUGAGCCAGGAUGUGGGCUAUUUCGACACUAGCAUCACUACUGCGGAUGUAGUCGGACAUGUUGCACAAGAUAUUUCCCUCGUGCAAGAUGCCAUCAGUGAGAAGACGGGGAAUUUCAUCCACUUCAUGGCCAAGUUCAUAGUCGGCUUCGCUGUCGGAUUCUCAUCAGUGUGGCAGCUAUCUCUCACCACACUAGCUGUAGUACCUGCAAUAGUUUUAGCUGGUUGUGCUUAUGCGAUGACAAUGACGGGCCACGCCACCAAAAGCCAACAAGCCUACGAGGACGCCGGCAAGAAAGCGGAGCAGGCCAUUACGCAAGUGCGGACGGUAUACGCUUAUGUGGGAGAGGCAAGUGAAGUGGAAGCGUACUCCAAGGAAUUGCAGAAUACUUUGAACUUAGGGAAAAAGGGAGGAUUAGCUAAAGGACUGGGGCUGGGAUUCACAUACGCACUCUGCAUUGGUGCCUGGGCUCUGUUGCUGUGGUAUGCGGGCAAGCUGGUGCGCCAAGGCUCUACCAACGGCGGCAAAGCCUUCACUACCAUCUUGAAUGUCGUCGUGGGUGGAAUAGCAUUGGGUCAGGCAUCUCCAAACUUGACAGCAUUCGCCAAAGGAAGAGCGGCAGCAUUUAAAAUCUUUGAAAUGAUUAAAAGACGGCCACUGCUUGGUCCGUCAAGCCAAAGGGGAAAAGGCAUGCAGUUGGCUUUGGUUGUGGGCAACAUAGAGUUACGAGAUGUCGGAUUCAGCUACCCAACGAGGCCUGACACACCUGUGUUUCAAAACUUCAAUCUAACCAUCCAAGCAGCAAAAUCUGUAGCCAUUGUGGGCAGUAGUGGGUGCGGCAAAAGUACCCUUGUUUCCUUGAUUGAGAGGUUCUACGACCCCACUUCUGGUGAGGUGCUACUGGAUGGCAAUAACUUAAAGAUUCUGGAUCUUAAAUGGCUUCGGAGACAAAUUGGGCUAGUUAACCAAGAGCCAGCUUUGUUUGCAACCAGCAUCCGCGAGAAUCUUCUAUAUGGGAAGGAAGAUGCGACGAUAGAUGAAAUUAUUGCUGCAACUACGGCUGCUUUUGCGCACAGCUUCAUCAACCGCUUCCCACACGGAUACGAUACGCAGGUAGGAGAGAGAGGUGUGCAACUCUCUGGAGGUGAGAGACAAAGGCUUGCCAUAGCCCGAGCAAUGCUGACGGAUCCAAAAAUCUUAAUAUUGGAUGAAGCAACAAGUGCACUGGACAGCUGUUCCGAACAAAUUGUCUGCAAGGCGCUCGAUUCGCUCAUGGUGGGAAGAACCACGGUAGUGAUAGCCCAUCGCUUGUCCACUGUUAGAAAUGCAGACACCAUUGCCGUUAUGCAACAUGGGCAGAUUGUGGAGAGCGGUAGCCACGAAAUGCUCAUGGCCAAGGAGGAACCAGGGGCUUACGCCGCCUUGAUACACAUGCAAGCACCAAGAUCACCCCCAAGUAAUGAUUCUACACCGAGCAUGAAUCCAAGGCUUGUGAAAGGAUCCUCUCUAAGUCGCAGCCAUGCCGAUUCAGAGGGCAACUUCGAGACUCAUGUCGAUCUGGGUACGUUCACGAGCUUACCAAAACCGUCGCCGUGGAGGUUGCUGAUGUUGAAUCGCCCGGAAUGGCACUUUGGUUUGUUGGGGAGCUUCGGUGCAGUCAUUGCUGGAUGCGAGUUCCCCCUUGCUGCCUUCGUUAUUGGUCAGGUGUUAGUGACCUUUUACAGCCCAGACAAACAUUUCAUGAAGAAAGAAGUUGAAAAGUACUCGACAAUCUUUGCCGGUGCAGCGAUAGUUGUCCUUCUUGGGCACACUAUGCAACACUAUUUCAUGGCUUCUAUGGGAGAAAGUCUCACUAAACGAGUGCGGGAGGUCCUUCUACAAAGAAUACUGCAGAAUGAGAUUGCGUUUUUCGAAAACGAGGAAAAUAACAGUAACGUCUUGGGAAUGAGGCUGUCAACGGACGCAGCGUCUGUUCGUGCCGCAGUUGGGGAUAGGUUGAGCACCAUUGUACAAAAUUUGGCGCUCAUUGUGACAGCGUUGGCCAUUGUCUUCGCACUGGAGUGGCGCGUUGCGUGGGUUAUGAUCGCCUGUUUUCCCCUCCUCAUCGGUGCAUUGGUGGGGGAGAACCUCUUCCUGAAAGGAUUUAGUGGAGACUUGGAUAAGUCAUAUCAAAGGACAAGCAUGAUAAUCGGUGACGCUGUGUCCAACAUUCGAACAGUAGCCGCCUUUUGCGCCGAGGGCAAGGUGCUAAAUUUAUACAUAAGAGAGCUGAGAAACCCGAAGAGGAAAUUGCUGUGGCGAGGACAAGUGGCAGGCGUAGGAUAUGGACUUUCGCAGUUCUGUAUGUACAGUUCUUAUGCAUUAGCACUGUGGUACGCAUCUACGCUUGUCAAGGCCGGUCGCGCGAGUUUUGGAAAUACCAUCAAAAUGCUCAUGGUGCUCAUCUUUGCAGCAUUUGGGGUGGCAGAAACGAUCGCUAUGGCUCCAGACUUUGUGAAGUGUUCUCAAUCACUACUCUCUAUCUUCCAGAUUCUCGAUCGCAAGACGGAAAUUGAUCCCGAGCAAUCUAUUGGGGAACAGGAAGUUAAGGGCGAGAUAGAGCUCCGUCACGUGGUUUUCAGCUAUCCAUCUCGAAACGAAGUGCCGAUCUUUGAGGACUUCAAUUUACGAGUACGAGCCGGUAGCAGCUUGGCUAUAGUGGGAGCUAGCGGUGUGGGAAAAUCUUCUGUGAUAAGCUUGAUCCUCCGUUUCUAUGACCCACUUUCAGGUCGCGUUCUCAUUGACGGAAAGGAUAUCCGAAGGCUACAUCUCCGGUCACUCCGAAAGCACAUGGGCUUGGUCCAACAAGAGCCUGCGCUCUUUGCAACAAGCAUAUACGAAAACAUAAGGUACGGCAAAGAGGACGCUACUGAAAGCGAGAUUAUCGAAGCUGCAAAGGUUGCGAAUGCGCACACAUUCAUCAGUGCACUUCCCAAAGGAUAUCGUACCCUUGUGGGGGAGCGUGGAGCUCAGCUCUCGGCGGGUCAGAAACAACGAGUAGCAAUAGCAAGAGCUGUGCUGAGAAGUCCCGCCAUCUUGUUGCUUGAUGAGGCUACAAGCUCCCUCGAUGCUCAGUCGGAGAUGGUGGUGCAAGAUGCGCUCGACCAGGUCAUGGUGGGCCGCACCACUGUCGUGAUUGCCCACCGGCUCUCGACUAUCCAGAAUGCGGAUUCUAUUGCAGUACUUCAAGACGGGAUGGUGACAGAGCAAGGAAGCCACCAAGACUUAAUCAACAUGCCCACCAGCACCUACGCGCACCUUGUGCACCAGCAAAACCGCCAUAGCAGUAGUAGAUUUGAACCAAGCUAGUCGUAGUAAGCACACCACUUUUCUCAACGUACCCAUGUCAAGGAAUUUGGAUCAGCAGCCGGAACUGGUCAGCAAGCCUGCUAAAAAUCGAAGCCGCCCUUAAGAAAGGCGCAGAAAGAAACGUGUAACAUUACUUGCGAUGUCCACUUCCUGAUUCAAUCGUUUGCGGCGGCGGACUUGAUCAGCGAUUUAGAACGCGAAUUCACACAUGAUUAACAUUACAAUGAUCUCAGUUCAUUUUUCAAAGACAUGUUGGUACUUGCCUGAAAGGCUUAGCAGAACUUGAGUAUUGGGGCAGAUCAGGGAUUAGGAAGCUAUCUUAAUAGCAGUGUGGAGAGACUGUCAUGAGCAAUAUCCACAAGCAAACUGUGUAAGUAGAAUUCGCAAUUUCAACC